AUGGGGCUCUCCAAGACGAACAGGAUCUUGAUCCUGCUAGUCAUCGAUACAGCAUUUUUCCUACUUGAAUUAAUCACUGGUUAUGCCGUCCACUCCCUUGCUCUUGUCGCCGAUUCCUUCCACAUGUUGAAUGAUGUCCUAUCCUUGUGUGUCGGAUUAUGGGCCGUGAAGGUCGCAAACCGCGAGACCAGCUCCAACACUUACACCUAUGGCUGGCAACGAGCGGAGACACUCGGUGCUCUCGUCAAUGGCGUGUUCCUAGUCGCCUUGUGCAUGUCGAUUUUCCUGGAGGCGACUCAGCGAUUGUUUGAACCCCAGGAAGUGCAAAACCCCCGAUUUGUUUGCAUUGUUGGCUGCUUCGGCCUAGCUUCCAAUAUUAUUGGAUUGGCGCUAUUCCAUGACCAUUCCCACGGACCCGGCGGCGGCCACGACCACGGCCACAGUCACGAUGACCACGACCAUGAUCACGACAUCGAAGCGGGAGGAGAUCAUGAUCACGAUCACGGUCACACACCGGUCGCCGAUGAGAGCAUAGCAGGCGCUACCGCUGGUUUUGGCAAACCCGCAAGCUUGCCUCAAAACUCCCUCAUCCACUCUAACACGGACCCAUCCCGAAAACGGCGCGACACCCAGACCCGUGGCCCAAGAAGAUACAGCACUUCGGCAGGAUUUGUGAGCCUCGAUGAUAUUCCCGUGCUUCCAGAGAGACUGAGACAAGGGAUUAUCGCGGCUAGCCAAUACCGGAAUGAACAAUUCUCGGAUUCAGAGAAUGGUCAUGACGAGGAUGAGAUCCCAUCUGAGCGUUCAGGUCUUCUGAAUCACCGCGGUCGCAUCACAAACUACACAGACGAGGAAGGAGCUCCGACCAAGGUCCACAAACACCGCGAUGAAGAUGUCCACAAAUCCCACAACCAUGCUCAGCCCAAGCCCAAGGACCAUAAUAAAGGUCACAGUCAUGACCUCAACAUGCGUGGUGUCUUCCUCCAUGUCAUGGGAGACGCUCUCGGAAACAUUGGUGUGAUUGUUUCCGCACUUAUUAUCUGGUUGACAGACUACGAAUGGCGCUUUUACGUCGACCCGGGCAUUUCCCUCGUUAUCACGGUGAUCAUUCUUGCAUCCGCCAUUCCGCUGUGCAAAGCCGCCUCUCGUAUCCUCCUUCAGGCCGUGCCCGCUGGUAUGAGCAUUGAUCAUAUCAAGGAGGACAUUGAAGGCCUUCCCGGUGUCAUUGGUUCACACCACCUGCACGUCUGGCAACUCAGCGACACGAAGAUCGUGGCUUCCAUUCAUCUCCAAGUGGACACAGAGAUCAAGGGCGAAGGCUCGGAGAGGUACAUGCGUCUGGCUAGACAGGUGAGACGCUGUCUCCAUGCUUACGGUAUCCACUCUUCGACUAUCCAACCCGAGUUCGCACCGGAAAGUGAUACCGAAGACAGUGGACAACCAUCAUGCUCGCGGGACACUGAUGAGCACGUUACUAGUGGUGCAGCCAGUGUUCGGGAGGGUGACCCGCAAGCUUGCCUUCUGGAGUGCGAUGAGCACUGCGCCCGAGGAGGCCAGUGUUGCCCCAAAAAGUGA